CAAAUAUUUGAGGGAAGAAAAGAAAAUCGUGAGGAAAAAUGGAAGAAAUGUGGCUGAAGGUAGGAGAAUCCGCGAGUAGUGAUGGACGACGCUGCGCAGACUCCUCAAAAGUGACUCGGCUCGACUCGCAGUAGUCGACAUCAAGCGCUUCGUCUGACACGGUCAGUGCCGUUUCGUCGUCGAAUCGAGGACGACCCCUUCCGCGUUUCCGCUCGUCGUAGACGCGCCACGUUUUUCGGCAUAUUACAUUUCGAGCAAAUCCCGGGAGAGCGCCCUUUUCUCAUCUUGCAGAAAUUUUAAUUCGAGUCGCGGACUGGGCGGACAGUCACAAUUUCCCCGAGGAAGAAUGCAAAAUCCCUCGAGAUCGCAGCGUAAACGGGGUAAGUGAAUGGAGAAGUCGACGACGGGCGACGUCGUCGAGCAAAAAAACGCGAUUGUUUCGGAGCGAUUGAUCGCGAUUGAUCGAUCCCGAUCAGGAGCCCCUAUCGCCAUCGACUCGUUCCUGACCGCGGGGUCUAGAUCAGAAACUCCUACUGCGGGGAAUCAAAUUAAUAUCCUUCGGACGAAGGAAGAAUAUCGGGUGGCGGGACGGGUGAGAUAACUAUAUUGGAUUGCAAGGAGGAGAAUACUUUGAUCGAUCUUCCUUUGAGUGUGAUGCCUUCCUGAAGCUGCAGCAUUCUCGCGAUCGUGCUCGAGAUCACCACUGGUUCGAUCAAACGGAGAACAUGGCCGAUCUCGAGAGAAUCAGGCUAGUGGUGCUCGGCGGCGCCGGGGUCGGCAAGAGCGCCAUUAUACGUCGAUUGCUCGGCCAGGGUUUCAGCGAACGAUACCGAGCCACUGUGGAGGAUCUGUAUUCACGGGAAUGCGUGCUCGGCACCCUGACCCUCAAAGUCGAUCUCUUGGAUACCGCGGGUGACUUGCAGUUUCCUGCGAUGAGGCGAUUGAGCAUAGCCACCGCCCACGCAUUCUUGCUGGUGUACGCGACAACGUCAUUACCGAGCUUCGAAUGCGUGAAACGUUGCUUUGAGGAAGUGAGAGAACAACGACCCGAUUUCCAGGAAGUACCGAUAGUCGUCGCCGGAAAUAAGCUCGACUUGGCGCCGGCACGAAGGGAAGUACCCAUCGAGGAUGUAAGCGAGUGGCUGUUUUGCGAAUUGCCUAAGUUACGCGCUAAAGUGAUGGAAUGCUCGGCGAAGGAUGAUUACAACAUUAAGGAUAUAUUCAGGUGUUUCGUCACGCUUUCCAGAAUUGUACCGAAAAAUCCUACCGGCGAGGCCGACGAGUCGGGACUCAGGAGGAGAUGUUCAGCAUAUGGAUCUCGCAGGUCCGGCAGUCCUGGCGGCAGGACUGGCAGCGCGGGUCCCGGUGGAAAUCCUCAGCAAGUAGUCGCAGCUCAGGGUUCCAGCGUCGUCGCUGUCACCGAGGAAGUGAAGAGCAAGCCGCGUAGUCGCAGCCUGAUUAGGCGUGCCUCGAGAAAAACGAAACAACAAAUCAGGGAUGCUCACGCUGACGAUUGUAAUAUCUCUUAAAAUCCGAUCAUUUCUAAUCGAUGAGGAAGUGAGUCUCGUGGACUAGAAAAUCGGAUCGGAUCUCGAUUAUUACGAUGGGAAACACGGCGUUUUCACGGCUGGUCAAGUAAACGUAAGUGCAUUAAAGUAAGACUCGAGAUUGCGCUUGCGAUAUUUAUAAGAGAGCGACUUACGGCAAGCAAAAUCUUUUCACGGCUGCUAGACGACGCGGAUCAACAUUUACUUACACUUGCUUAUUCCACGUUGAUUCACGAGACUUCGAAAGCAAAAGAGAAGUAAAUGCGAUAAGCUGAUAAAGUGAUUAUAGCUAUAGAAAAUGUAGCUUGAGAAGCUCGAGAAGAUAUAACCGUCAACUUCGUAGAGUAUGUAUCAGAAAAUGUGUAUAUCGAUGACGGAAGUAUUAUUAUUAAAUCCUGAGCUUCAGAUUGGCUUUAUUCUUUAGUAAAAAAUAUUAAAUGCU